AUGUUAAAUUAAGUGAACUAUUUCAUCUAGCGUAAUGGAACGUUGACCGCCGAAGCUUUCAAGAUGGCGGCGCCCACGGUGUUCGUCUCUCGAAAUGGGAUUGUGGACGCAAUUAAUCAAGUACUUAAGGAACCAGUCAAGCAAGUGAGUGGCUUUUUGCUUGGCUCAUCCAAUGACGGUCAGACCACUCUCCUCCAGUGCUCAGCUAUUGACAAUACAUGUGAUUUGACAAAUUCAGUGGCAUUAUGCACAGAACUGGAAAAACUGCAUGGGCUUCUUCCAGUUGGAAUUGACGUAUGUGGGUUGUAUUUUGUAUCAACACCACCUGGCCCAGCGAGCGUCACUCAGUAUUGUAAAGAACUGAUAGAUGAUACAGUGCAUACUGCCCUCCAUACAGAUCAGCUGAUUAUUGCAAAGAUCCCCAAGGACCAGCCAGAAUUAGUUCCUGACAACUUUUACUUGUAUGAUGUCAACUCUGCCGAGGCCAGUCCUUGCCAAGUUAAGAUUGGAAAUGACACUGGCAUCCAGGAGAACAAUUUGAUGACAUUUAGAGUGCAAGGCAACCUGUCACUGAAUGUCGUUUACCAUGAUGACAAAGAUUUGCGUGAAGCCCUCACUCAAAAGUUCACCAGCCUCUGCAACAGAGUCCAGUCAUUCACAGCUUUGUAUCACUUUCAAAAGACAUCCAUCCUGAUUGGUGGAAACAGUGGCGACAUCACAGCGGGGCCCCUGAACAGGGAUAGUCAAGCUGGGGACAUCUGCAGGCACAUACAGGAGGAAGAUGAUGGGUUUAGUGCCCCAGUUGGGAAGGGAGGGAAAAAGACCAAGAAGGAAGACAGGAAUGUAAAUCAGAUUCUUGAAGUGCAGUUACUGUUUAGAUUAAGUCUGGAUGAGGAACAAGAGGGGUCAGCUGGUCUGGUACCCUUUGUCCACUAUCAAAUCUAUAAUGAAGAGUGUAGACGGUCUAGUAUGGUGUUGCCCAUUGACGUUCCAGUCAUUGUACCGAGGAACACAUUAGCUGCUACUUUAGGGAAGCUGUUUUCAGCUGGAGUGUGUCGCCAACUACUUGCAAUGGAACAAUGCCUGAAGGACCACCUUCAGGAGUGUGGUCUAAGUGUUCCCAGACCCUACCACUAUAAAUUGCCUGGAAUCCCCAACCUAUUUACAGUCUUGUACCCUGUAGACUUGGCAGAUGACAAACUAGGAUCCACACGUCAACAUCUUCAUAACCAAUUCCUGCUGCCAUUGGACAGACCACGGUUUAGAAGAGCUAAUGCAUAUUCAUAUCCUGAUGCAAAGAAGGAGGGAUAUCUGUUGAACACUCAUCUAGGGCUGCCACUAUCUGGAGUGGGGAAUGGUCAGGUGUCUUUGGUUCAAGGCACCUAUGCCUACCACCAUUACAUGCAGGACCACUUCAACGAUGACAAGUGGGGGUGUGCUUAUCGUUCGCUCCAGACCCUGGUGUCCUGGUUCAGGCACCAGGGGUACACACAACGCCCUGUCCCCUCCCACAAGGAGAUUCAGCAGGCCUUGGUGGAUGUUGGGGACAAGCCAGCCAAGUUUGUGGGUUCCAGACAAUGGAUUGGAUCGUUUGAAGUUAGCACAGUGCUCAAUCAGCUGUUUGCUAUUACUUGUAAGCUGCUGUACGUCAGUUCAGGAGCAGAGAUGGCCAACAAGGGCAGGGAGUUGGCCUUGCACUUCCAGACUCAGGGCACACCCAUCAUGAUAGGUGGAGGAGUGUUAGCUCAUACCAUUCUUGGUGUUGACUUCAGUGAGAGCUCUGGUGAUAUUAAAUUCCUUAUUCUAGAUCCUCAUUACACUGGCAGUGAGGAUCUGAAGGUUGUUCAAGAUAAGGGCUGGUGUGGCUGGAAAGGUGUUGACUUCUGGGACCAGACUGCUUACUACAACAUGUGUAUGCCCCAGAGACCCAUAGAGUUUUAACCAUUCAACCCGGCACGUGCAAUUUCUUGCAGCGGAAAGGGGCGUCGAGUUUGUGAAGUUCAUUUGCAAAGUUUUAGACGUGGCAGAUUAUCAAAUUUUCAAUUCACCCAGUCACUGGACAUUAUUUCAUUGAAUUGCUAGCUCAUGCCCUGUGUAGCCUAACCUUGCUACACCUGGUUUUGUUUUGUUUUGUAUUGCAUUCCAGGCAAACUUUGAUGUCAAUCUUGGUCUCAGUCCUAGAGCCCAUAAUGACAAAGACGCUGGCAUUGCUGCACAUCACAUGCACCAGCCUAUUUUAUGCUAUUGACUUCACCGAGAUUUGGGAAGGAAAAAAAUGGUUUCCAAAAGUGGUACAUGUGCAUAUGCACCUCCUCACCUCGUCUUGUUAUCAAUGUUCUCUUUUUGAUGUUCCUUAUUACAGCACCAAAAACAAAUCAUUAAAUCUGGCACCAGACUUAACAUUAAUUGCAGUCAAGUUCACAUUGUUAUUCAGACUUGGACCGCAACAGUUGUCUAACAAAAGGGUGAUUUUUUGAUGGUGUCAUUUGCACUUUAUAAAAACAAUCAGUGUUUUCUUGUCAUUUUCAUGAACAAGUAAAUUGUAUACAUUAAAUAGAUUACUUGUGAAGACUUUCUUUGCUUAAUAUACCUUCAGCUGAUUCCUGUCACAUAACCCAAGGAGCUGACUAUGAGGAUUGAAGUGUGCUCUGACAUUUUUGCUGGAAACCUUUUGUACAGUUUAGACAAGUUUACAUAGGUGUGGGGCCAAUAGUUAUGUUACGGCAGGUUGAAAAAACCCUGAAAUCAGGCUAUUGCUGGACGGCAAUGUAUGUACCCUCAGUAAGAGACUAGAAUCUUUUUUCGCAAACUAUGCUUUUUUCAUUUUUUUUUUAAUUUGGCUUCAUUUGGGUAAGUUUCAAACAGAUUUUCUCCUCUUCCGCUUUACAAAAGCUUCUGAUUUUACCAAAUAACUUUUUUCUUGUCUUAUUUUAUGAAAUCAUGAACACCGAGAAAAAAACAACUCCAAAUUUAUGUUACACUUUUCUUGAAAUGUUUUAUUUGAUAAUUACAAGUAGAUGCCUACUUACAGUGGUUAAUAUAAAUAACUUGGAUACAGUAAUUCCCCUGUACAUGUGUGCCUGACGUGAUGGACAGUUGAACACUCCCAGCAUCAUUCACUUGUCUUCUGAAUCAUUUAACUUUACAAAAAGACAAAACAAAUGAAGACAAAAAUCUGCACAAACUGAAGCUAACUUGUCCUUCAGAAAGGGGUUACUUUUUUUUGCAUUCCAUGUCCUGCUUAUUGAGGUAAACAUAACAUCAAAUGAACUUUUCAAAUGAUGGGAUUUGGACAAACAUGGGGGGAAGCAGUAACAAAAGGAUGCCUGUUAAGAAAGGCGAAUCAUGUAACGCUACUGGAUAUCAAUGUAGCUGCCCUGUGCUGAAAUGUGGCAAUUUCAUCCCUUGUUUUGAUUUUCUUGGGGGUUAUUUGUGGCUGGUAUGUGGUAUUUCAUUGCCAAAUACAUUUGGUGGGCAGAAUGUUCUCAUUGCCAUUCUCAUUGGAACCUCUGUAAGAGUUACAAUUUUAAUAACUCAACGUAAGUAUUUUCUGGUAAGACAAAAAUAAAGAUUUUUUUCAGCAACAAUUAAACACACAUUUGGAAUAAUUUACAAACCAAAAAGUCACUUGGAUUCUAUUUUCCUUUACAUUUAACAAAGCAACAACACCACAUCUAAUUUCCGCAGGAGGCCUGGGUAGAAAAAUCAUAAUUAUUUUAACAUUUUAUAUUUGUACAUUUUGUUGCUCUAUGUUGAAGCCAGGCAAGAUGUACACUGAUUCACUCUUUCAAAUUUGUAAUACACAUAUCAAAAAAAUUUACAGAAGAUAAUUUCUUUGAGUCUAUUAAAUUAUUUUUGAAGGCUUCUGAAAUGCCUGUGCUUAGUGUUCUUCUCAAAUUGCUACUAUUUUUAAGGGUGAUAGAUAGAUUUAAUUUUCAUCACUAACAUCCACAUACAUGUAGAUGCUCCAUACUCGGUCAAAACUAUUAACACAUUAAGAUAUUACUAACAAACUGUUACUGAAAAUAUUACAGUUCCUGUCCUUCAUGACUACAUUGUGUUAUAAAGAAAAAAAAUCCUAUAAAAAAGAAACUUUCCUUUUGCAAGUACGUAGUAUGUAUGUCCUUUUUGACACAUGGAAGCCACUUAGUGAGGUAAAGAAAAAGUGACUUGAGAAUGAAACAUCUUUUUGAAAAAAAAAAAAA